CCCAUCCCCAUCCCCUCCCACACAGACGCAGUCAACAUGGCCAACCGCGGCAAAACCCAUGACACCAAAGUCCUCACCAUCGCCGACCUGGCGCUCGAGGCGCAAAAACGCCUGCCCCCGGUCGUCCGAGACUACUUCAACGAAGGCGCCGGGGAUCUAGUCACCCUCCGCGACAACGAAGAAGCCUACAGCCGGUACAAACUCAUGCCGCGAGUCCUCCGCGACGUCGCCGACCUCGACACAACCACCACCCUAUUCGGCAGCAAAAUCGCCUUCCCAUUCGGCUUCUCCCCAGCCGCAGCCCACAAACUCGCCCACAUCGACGGCGAAACCGGGACAUCCCGCGCGGCGGCCGCACAUAACAUCCCGAUGGCGCUGUCCUCGUGGUCGACCUCGAGCGUCGAGGAGGUGAUCGCCGCCAGUGAGGGUAAGGGGAAUCCGUAUAUCAUGCAGGUGUCGUUCUUCAAGGAUAUCAGUAUUACGGAGAGGAUUAUCAAGGCGGCGGAGAAGGCAGGCUACAAAGCCCUGUUCGUGAGCGUCGACCUCCCCAUCCUGGGCAACCGCCUCAACGAAUCCCGCAACAACUUCAACUUCCCGCCCCACCUGAAGUUUCCUGUGCUGGCCGGGGCGGCGGAGAUGGGGUUGGAGGAUACGUAUGAGCGGGGAUAUGACGCAACAAUCCACUGGACCAAAACCAUCCCCUGGCUACGGCAGCACACCAACCUCGCCAUCUGGCUGAAGGGCGUGUACGCGCCCGCCGACAUCGAGCUGGCCAUCCAGCAUGGCGUGGACGGGGUGCUCAUCUCCAACCACGGCGGGCGGCAGCUGGACGGGGUGCCGGCCACGUUGGAUGCGCUGCGCGUGUGUGCCCCCGUCGCCAAGGGCCGGAUCCCGCUGGCCGUGGACGGGGGGAUUCGUCGGGGCGCGGAUGUGUUCAAGGCGUUGGCGCUGGGAGCGAGUUGUUGUUUUGUCGGGAGGGUGCCGAUUUGGGGGUUGGCGUAUAAUGGGGAGCAAGGGGUGGAUUUGGCGAUCCGGAUUAUCUAUGAUGAGUUCUGUCGGACGAUGAUGCUUGCUGGGUGUCGGACGAUUGCGGAUAUCACGCCGGAGCAUUUGGCGGUGUUGGAGAGGGGGGUAUUGGCGAAACUGUAG